GUGUCCGGUCCGAGCCUGACGACUUGCCUGACUUCCUUCUUGCCUGACUGCCAGCUCGCUGCCGGUCGGUCGCGAUGUGUUACGCGACCCGGCACUAGAAAAGAAAGAACAACACACACGGGAGGAAACUUAUAGAAAUGGCGGAGGGCACAGUGACUCUUAAAGGUUUGCGCAGCCAAAUAGCUGCAGCUGCGCAGGCCCAAGCCGAGGAGCGGCGCAGCCAGGCCGUGAGUCCAUCACCCCCAGCAAACUCGGCGGCCAAACCACAGGGCUGUCGGCCAGUCCUUGACGGCGCCACGCUUCGAGUGGACGAUCGACUGCGAGUAGCAAAGGAGAGACGAGAGGAGGCAGACAGGCAACAAGCAUUGCGUGAUUCUCAGAUCAUGGAGCGCGAGCGCAAGGCCAAGAUGCAAGUGGAGCGUCAGCAGGAGGAGCGUCACAAGAAGGCCGCGGAACAGCGCAGGAAAGAGGAGCAGAAGCGUCAGGCUGUGGAGGAGAAGAGAAAGCAGAAACAGGAAGAGGAGAAGGAGCAUUAUGAGGCAGUGAUGAGACGAACACUAGAGCGAAGCCAGCGAGCUGACCAGAGACAGAAGAGAUGGUCCUGGGGAGGAUUGUCAACAGACUCGGAUGGACGAGCAGGAGACUCAGAUGCCAGUGCCUCUUCUCCAGUAGCUAUAGUAAUCUCUCCUGCCUCACCAGAAAAGCCACCAAGGAACCAACAAGACAAGCGCUCCACAUCCAGCCUCAACCUCAAACAGCCAUCAGAAACUAGCAUCAACAAACGUCUGUCCUCGUCCUCUGCUACCCUUGUCAAAUCUCCCGACAAAAGUUUUAAAUCCAGGAGUGCAUCUUGUAACCGUUUGCCUCACGAUGCUGCAAAUGAGAAAGGCAAAAAGCUGCAGGCGGGGCCGACAGGUGCUUCCAUGAAGAAGAGGAGCUCGUCUCUCACACGAGUAAGUGUGGGCAGAGCACAGACCCCUGCCAAGGCUGCUAAGGGGACAGCAGAAAAUCAAGCCCGCAAGCAACCGACUUGCACUGUGGAUGGCGGGGUCAUUAGUCGCCUGCUCACUCCCACCCAGGCCUCGCUUGCUCGGAGCAAGAGUGCUGCCGCCCUUUCCCCUGAAGGAACAGAUGCUCCAGAGUGUCACCUGUGUCCUCGCUCAGCCUCCGCCACCCCGCUCCACCCGCCUCGCGGGCCGUUGCGCAGUCGCAGCAUCGACCGGCAGAAGAAUGGCAUGACCACCUCCGUGUCGGCAGACGGAGCCCUCGACCCCUCUCUGAACAAGCAGGAAAAAACGUUGACCUUGUCUGGGCGGCAACGUCCGCCCUCUCCAUCCAUCCCCAUGGUACGCAACCGUUCGCCAUCACCCGCCCCAAAACCAUCUCCAAAGAGGACUCCAUCCCCAGCAGCGUCAAAGCAAAAUUCAAAGGGGCGCCCACCCUCACCUGCAAUGAAACAUCCCCCAUCGCCUCCGCCGACGUCAGCCAAACCCCCUCCGAUCCAAAAACCGGCUCUCACCCCGCCAGGGCCCCCUACCCUGCGCAAGAGGGACUCCCGCUCCAAGGACAUGCUGUUACCCAUGCAGGCUGGCUUGCCACACUCGCCCGACUCUAGCAAAUCCAAAGAGAAAGAUGAUGCUAAGACGGGAACCAAUUCUGCUGCUGAGGCAGCCAAGCUCUUGGCAGAGCACCGCAGACAGAUGCGUGAGCAGAAGGAGAAAGAUGAGCAACUCAGGAUACAGCGUGAGGAAGAGGAGAAGGUCAGGAAAGAGGAGGAGCAGCGUCUGGCGCAGGAGGCUCUGCUGAAGCGCCAAGAGGAGGAAAAGAAGCUGGCGGAGGAGAGAAAAGUGAAGGAAGCGGAGGAGGCCCAAAGAGCGGAGGAAGAGCGGGAGAGAAUGGAGGCUGAGGAGGCUCUCAAGCAGGCGGAGCUGCAGAAGGAGCGGGAGGAGGCCGAGGCCAAGGCCCUGGAGGAGGCAGAGAGGGUCCGCCAGGAGCGCGACCGCAUCAUGCAGCAGAACCAACAAGAGCGUAUGGAAAGAAAGAAGAGAAUUGAAGAAAUAAUGAAGCGAACUAGGAAAGGAGAUGGAAAUGACUUUAAGAGAGAUGAAGACAAGGAGCAAGAAGACAAUGAAGACGGAAUGGACACGUUGAGCUUUGAUGCCAGGAGUGAAAGUCAGAUGGGGGAUGUGGCCAUGGAGAUGCACAACUGUGGCGAUGGAGUCCCACAAAGAGAAGAACUCCUGGGCUGCCUGAAUAGGAGAGAAGAAACGGACGACAAGGAGAACAACAACGCCCCGGACGAGACUCGGGCACUCGGUCCAGUUCAAAGGAGCCGUCUGGUGGAGGGCUCGGAGUUCCUGAAUGAGCAGGACCCGGCAAAGGUGGAGCUGGUGUCGAGCCUGGGCAGCAAGUCCAACCAGUGGAGCUUCGAGGAGCUCAUGGAUCGCAAUGUCCACUCUAUGACUCACGGCCUCAUCGAGGCCGAGGACUGUAACCCGGUGCUGAUUAAUUGCGACGGGCCGGACGGGACCAAAGGAAGCCCAGUCAACUCCCUGCAUUCCUCCAGUCAAGCCAUCGAGACCCUUUCGGAGAUGUGAUGUUGCACACACCCCAGCCGGCACCGGAAAGCCUCUCCACUGUUGCACUCCUCAACCUCGUGAGCUCAGUUGAAAAGUUUCCAAACCGCUCCUUCCCAUUAAUUCCAGAGGGAAGAGGCCAAGGUGAAAUGUAAAGACCUCGCCCCAAGUGCUUAUGUGUCUCAUCUACAAGAUGAAUGAAAGCUUCAGGGAAAUUUCACGUUCCUUCUUCUCGCGUCAGUUCUUCUUCCUUUUGUUUUAUAUGUUGUGUCACAAAUGUUUUUAAAGUGGUUUUUUUUGUCUUUGCUAGAGGUCCACUAUUGUAAUUUAUUCAUUCAUUUUGGCUUAUUUGUCAUUGGUUGUUUCGAUGUAUUCUUCUUGCAUGAGAGCGUUUUCGUUGUGCACCAACGUUAAAGGCGUGCUUGUUUUCGUAUCUCUCUGGGAAUUUGGCAGGUGGCUCUUCUAAAUUUACUUGACUGUCAUUUUGGCAGCAUCUGACAAUUAUGGCCUUACCCACCCACCCAAAAAAAUUGCUUGGGUCAGGGGAUGACAUUGCCAUGUGUGAAGUAUGGAAAGCGGUUUGCCAUUUAUUCAAUCCCCUUACUAUCCAACUGAAGGUUCAUUUGCCCUAGUAGCCUCUUUAUCAAAUAGGUUAAGAUUUAUGUACUAGUAUGUACAUUGUCCUGAAUACUGAAGACAAUUCAAUGUACUAGUAGAAAGAGUAGUGCUCGCUCGUCCGCGUUAUCCGAUAGCCUUGAUAUUUGUACUAGUAGUGCGCUCUUUGUCAUCACUUGUAGGUCCACUUUGGCAUACUGGUGGGACAACUUUGUUCCUAGUGAAGCGACACUGGACUUUGUAACACUUGCACGCUAUUGGCACAUGUAUUUUACAUCCUUGGUAAGACGGCGACUAGCAUGAGAUAUAUGUCUACCAGUUGGCUGUGGCAAAGUCGUUAAUGAGUAAAUUUUAAUUGCAAAGUAGCAGGCAAGAAGUGUCCGGGGUAGUGGAGGGAAAAAAAACGUUACUCGUCAGACAGUCAUUUUUACUAGUGUGCUGAUUGUCUCACUAGCGAGGAGAAACAAUGUACUAGUUCAUAAAUCUUAAGAUGGCUGUCAAGAAUAUGAAAUAAUGCUCAAACAGCUUUCGACGUGUUAUGUUGUCGUGGCUUGAGACACCCUGUGUUGCAGUCUGUUUUUGGCCACCAGACGGCAUAGAAAGAAUGUGUACAUUUCUAUCACAACUUAGAACUGUUUAUUGCUAUUCAGGGCUCAGUUGGUUUUGUUGAAUUUGUGUACAUUUGUAUAUGGAGCUUCUGUUUACUAACAAGAUGGGUUUAGUUUACGGACGUCUGUUCCAUUUAGGAAAAAAAAUUAAAAUAUGCAGGAGAAUCCCUAUAUUUUAAUUAAGUCACAUCACCAACCCGUUCCAUCAUCUUGUACUCUGCACAUGCUAGCUGCUACAUUCGUAAGUUGGAAAAAAUGACAUUUCAGCUGUUUCUUUUAUUUAAUGUGACAUGUGGCUGUUUAUAUAUGAAAAUACAGUUCAGCAUAUAUUUAUGUGUUUGUAUAUGAAAUCAGUGUUAGGCCAAUGAAGCCCUGAUGAGGCCCGAGUAAUGACUCUGAAAGGGGAUGACAAUUUUGAACCUUUGGCCGUAAUUUUGUUUCCGCAGUUAAAAUCGUAAAUUUGUCAAAUGCGGAGGGCGGGCGGCCUCCAUUUUUUUGCCUUGUCUAUGUCGGCGCUCACACCCUCUCGCUAAACCAACGUAAGGACCUGAGACUUUGUCCAUUGCAGCGUUCUCCACCCGUUCUGCAGUCGGCACUUUGAACGUGGUGACACUUUCAGGGCAGUUGCUCUGCUCGAACAACGGCUAUUUAGUGCCGACUGCUGGAGGGAGGCUGCUACCGCUUUCCGCUUGAUCAGAUUGUACAUGUGAAGCCCUUUAACCACUUCCGUAUCCUUGACAUCGAGCACUAGUACUGUCUUUGUCCUCACUCGUCAGACAACUCCGCAUACUAGUCGAAUGAACAUCUUAAAAGUUGUUUUUCCUCCACUACUAGGGUCACUUUUGCCCUACUAGUACUGUAUACAAUUAUACCUUGCUACUAUAAAAAAAAAAACCUAGUGUGCCGCACUAGUACCGCUACUCAGCCUAACUAGUUAGUCCUGCUCGUAACCUAAUGAAUGUCUCACACUCUUUAUCCUCACUCAUUGGGACAUUGGCAUAUUAUUAGGACAAAUUAUGUUACUCGUGAGGGAAAAUUUGUUGACAACUGUGCGCUUCUACCACAUUUAUUCCAUAUGCUGGAUAAGGAGUCUCCUCGUGAUUGACACAUGCCAAGUCGUGGUACUCAUGCAGCACAAUAGUUUACUAAUAAGGUUGAAUCACAUACUAGUAGGCUGAAAUUGACACUCGUAGUGGGGGGAAAAAUAUUACGUUAGUUGAAUUACUGAAUUGUCUCACUACUGGAGUAAUGACAAAGGGUUUAUUAGCUUCGUAUACGGACCUACCUUAAUAAUGUUUUUUUUUUCUUCCACUGUUGUGAAGAACAUUCCUGCAGACUAGUGGGACAACUUUGGAAUAGUCAUACUACUAGCGAGUCACCAGAUGUUAACUAGACGUUUAUGAUGUCAGAAGUAUGAGUAGCACAGUUUUGCCUCCCUUGGAACUUGUAGUUGACCUGCUAGUAUGCCAGAGUUGUCCCACUAGUGGGGACAAAGACUGUACUAGUAAAUUGAUCAAGCACAUGGCUUUACAAACAUACCGUUUAGUUACAAGAUAGCACUGUGCCUUAGAUGGAGGUUUAGAGUUUUUAAUGUUGCUGUUAACUCACAAUUGAAAAAAAAUUGUGUCCUUACCUCGGCCUCUGACAAUCAAGAUCUUUGUGAAUUAAAAAACGUAUAAGCCUGUCCCCAAGUAACAUUUGUACUGUAAAUAUAUUCGUGUUCUGAGAUGAUAUAAACUGUUAAUAAAGUCUCUCAAAGCUAGACUUGAGAUUGCAACCGUCUUUAUUCAUUCUUUAUCCAUUUUAUUUUCCAACUUCACUGCAAAAGUCUUGAAUACUUGCCCUGCUUAUAUUUUCGCUUUAAGCGCAAAAAGAGAAAAAAAAAACACCCAAGAAGAACCACAUUCCAAAAAAAGUGCCUAUUCAUCAAAACUGGUAUGCUAGUUAAGCAAGGAUGGAUAACAGUGAACUGUAUUCCCCCUAUUGAAAGCAGCAUUUAUCCUCAUAUGAAAUGCUGUUUGCAUGUUACUAUGUAGAUAGAAGAUAUACACACACAAAACCUUUUUCAACCAAAUUGUGUUUUUUUUUUGUUUUGUUUUACGCUGACUGUAGCCACCGAAACUUUUCAGAAUCAUUCCAUCAUUGAAUUGACUAAAAAUAAUUUUGCAUUCUUCUAACGUCAAACAAACUGAAAUUACAUCUGACAUUUUGUACCCUCUGAUUG